AUGGCGCCCCCAGAGGAGAACGGGCCUGAUGGCUCGUCGCUUAAGCCCGUGUCGUCGCUACGAGCCAAGUUCGAAAACCUGCAGAUGGCCCAUCCCCCCGAACCAGGCGUCGGCCCCUCGCCCCCUCGAACAGUCUCUCCGGCGCCCAAACCAGAGCGGUUGCGCGAGGUCAAGACAGCGCAAGAGAACAUGCAUCAUGCGCCCGCACCGCGGCCGCCGCCAAAACCACGAGCCGAUCGCGGCAGUGUAUCUGCAACACAUCUCCCCCUCCCUCACCAUGAGCUUGACCUCCGCGCCUCCACGCGUUCACUUGGGCCACCGCCUCCGCUGAGUCCAAAGCCAACGACCAUGGCCCCGUCCGUCAUGAUCGAGCCUCCUCAUUCUCCCCCGAAACACAUGAUCGCCAAGUUUGCUCGGGAUGAUGCGCCAAGUCUCCUGAACCCCGACUAUAUCGUGACUCCUUCGACUCCGUCCGUACCCUCACGUUCCUUCAAGAUACCAAGCCGCACCUCUACGCCCACACUCGAGCCUCGGAAGUCGCCUAUGCUCACUGCUUCGCGACCACCAUCGCCGCCUCCGCCUAGGAGGUCCGGGGAGAUGCGAAGGGAAAAGCCACCACCGCCGAUCAGCCGAAACGAGAAGCCCCUAAUUCCAGCACAACGGCGAACAUCAGUUUUCGCAGAUCCGAUACGAUUGCCAGAACCGAGGCGACAGCCGCAAGAGACCUCUCCGUUCAAUAGUCCGCCCAGCAGCCCGGGAAGUCCUGGCGGGGACACACCUCCAUUGCCUUCAAGGCCAAGACCGCAUGUUGCGCAGACAGAUGUAUUACGACCCAGGAAGCUAGAUCUAGGGUUCGAGCCGCCUCCUCUACACCAUUCGCUCGUGACUAAGCGUCAACGCGACAACGAUCUGGGCAUGAGGGAACAGAUGGCUUCUCCGCAUAUGAAUGAACAAAAACCAGCGCUUCCGACACGGCCAUUAUCACAGAUCGAGCCACCGCCUCGACCUGCGCCCUUGACCUCCACGACGAUGAUGCCCCCACCCCGGCCAGCGCGGCAGGGCUCCGCUAUGAUUCCCACGCAGGAAGCAGCAACGCCUCCGAAGCGUAUAGUCUCUACGCCAACAACGGGCGUCAUUCCGCCCCCAGCUCGGAUACCUGGACGAUCAAAUACUGUUGUUGACAGGUCCCUUGACAGGAGCGCUCCGCCAGACGUGCGUUCUAUUCGCACAUCUGCUCCUGCACAAGCAUCGUCGGCCCUUCCUUCUACCUCCAAUCCCGCUGCCCAGCCGCCUAUUACAAAAGCAGACGGCGUCAACCAAGGCUCCACGUACCCCGAUCCCUCUAACACGAAUCGGAGAGCCCCCUCGGUCAAGCAAGGUGUGCACGAGGUACCUACCAAGUAUGACACACGUGUGUUCGAUGUCUGCGGGGAUCUUGUUUGUACUACAGGUCUGCUCACCCGAGUCUGGAGUCUUCGCGACGGCGAGCUCCUCGUAAAUCUUGCACACGGCGAAGGCGUCAAAGCUACAUCCAUCGCGUUCAAACCUGGCUCCAACGUUGACGAAGAAGGGCAACGGUUGUGGAUAGGAACAAAUAUGGGAGAGAUCCUGGAAGCCGACAUUGCCACACAAACCAUCGUAGCCAAGAAGGCUACGGCCCAUGCACGACAUGAGGUUAUCAAAAUUUAUCGGCAUUACAACGAGCUGUGGACACUGGAUGAGAGCGGCACGCUUGCUAUUUGGGGUCCGGAUGAGGAUCAUACGCCGAAUCUCAAUGGGAACCCGCACCAGACCUAUCGACUUCCUCGGACACACGCGUUCUCCAUGGUUGUAGGUGAUCUUCUAUGGCAUGCAACCGGCAAGGAGAUCCGGAUCUUUGCACCUACUCUCGAGGGCGAGACACAGUUUCAAGUCCUGAUUCGGCCACUCGUGCAAGACAGUGCCGGGGAGGUCACUUCCGGGACGCUGAUGCGGACACAUCCGACAAGAGCUUUCUUCGGGCACGUCGACGGCAAAGUCAGCAUCUACAACACCAAGGACUUUUCUUGUCUUGCAGUACUGAGUAUCAGCGGGUACAAGAUCAACUCGUUGACGGGUGUCGGUGAUUACAUUUGGGCUGGUUUCAACAACGGCAAGAUCUCCGUUUACGAUAUUAGCCAGACCCCAUGGACGAUCAAAAAGGAGUGGCAGGCACAUGAAAACCCUGUCGUCAAAAUCGUUUCCGACCCUUCUAGUUCCUACAGGAUAGAUCGACUGCAGGUUAUUUCCCUCGGGGCCGACAACGUCAUCCGCGUAUGGGAUGGACUGCUACAGGAAGAUUGGCAAGAGGACGAGAUGAAGGCGCAGGAAGCUCAGUACUGCGACUUUGAAGACAUCAAAGCUUUGGUCAUGACUUGGAAUGCUGGUGCAUCCACUCCUCAUAGUCUUCGUUACGCGGACCAAGACGCUACCUUUAUCCGCAAUCUGCUUCAGUCGAGCGACUCGCCCGAUAUAUUGAUAUUCGGUUUCCAAGAACUUGUCGAUCUUGAGGACAAGACUGCUACCGCCAAGCGUUUCUUCAAGUCCAAGAAGAAGGAAGGGUCAGACCAGGAGCGAAUGAGCCACCAGUACCGAGACUGGCGUGAUUUCCUGAUGAAGAGCCUUGACGACCACAUGCCUCGGCAUGAUCUGUAUCACUUGCUUCACACAGCCACGCUCGUCGGCCUCUUCACUUGUAUUUUUGUGAAAUCCUCACUUCGAGAUCGGAUCCGCAACUUGAGUGCCUCCGAGGUCAAGCGUGGCAUGGGAGGCCUACAUGGGAACAAGGGCGCCAUUGUCGUUCGCUUCCUUGUUGAUGAUACUUCCAUGUGCUUCAUCAACUGCCAUCUAGCUGCCGGUCAAUCGCAGGCGAACAGCCGGCAUAACGACAUCGCUGCCAUCCUGGAGACACCGCUUCUGCCAGCUGAACGGGAUGCCAACAAACGCAUCGACAGUUACACCGGCGGCGGCGACGGAACCUUGAUCCUGGACCACGAAUUGUGUGUGUUGAACGGGGAUCUCAACUAUCGCAUCGACACCAUGUCACGGGACACGGUUGUAAUGGCAGUCAAGCAGAACAACUUGGCCAAGCUACUGGAGCGAGAUCAGCUUCUCGUAGCCAGGCGGCGUAACCCUGGCUUCCGUCUUCGAGCUUUCGAGGAGCUGCCGAUCAAAUUUGCCCCAACGUACAAGUAUGAUGUCGGCACGGACGAUUACGACACGAGCGAGAAGCGCCGUUCACCUGCUUGGUGCGACCGAUUGCUGUACCGUGGCCGAGGGCGCAUCAAGCAGCUUGACUACGUGCGUCAUGAGGUUCGCGUAUCAGAUCAUCGGCCUGUGACUGGACGUUUCAGAUUCACCGUAAAGCGGAUUGAUCCUAGAGAUCGGGCCGUUGCAUGGAUGGACUGUCAGGUUCGUUUCGAAGACCUCCGGGCGAGGGAGGAGAAUAACGAAAAGAUGGCAUACCUCAUGCACGUAAUCGGAUAG